GAAAAGAAAAAUUUCUCAAGUCCGUUCUCCGCGCUCUCCCCGUGUCCCUCUGGGCGGUUCGGCCGUUCCCUCGCAUCUCCUCCUCUCCCUCCAGACUCCAGGUCUCCACUCCCUCGCGCUUCUCGUCGCGUCGCUAGGUUUCUCCCCUCUUCCUCCGCCCCAAUUCCGAUCGAUCCGAGCUUGCGAUGGUCUCCGGUGCCGGACCCUCCGGCGGGGCAGCCCACUCCGCGUCCACCGGUGGUGGGGGCGGCUCCCCCUCCGACAGGGGCGGCGCCGCGCCCUCGGCCUCGGCGUCGGUCUCCACGCCAGCCAGCGAGAGCACCGUCGCCCGCCGCCUCAACGGACUUGACCUCCAAGGCGACGACGCGCCAUCGUCUCAGCCAGCCGCGAGCAAGAAGAAAAAGAAAGGGUCACGUGCAGUUGGUCCUGACAAAAAUGGCCGUGGAUUGCGCCAAUUUAGCAUGAGAGUCUGUGAGAAAGUUGAAAGCAAAGGGAGAACAACCUACAAUGAGGUGGCAGAUGAAUUGGUUGCUGAGUUUUCAGAUCCCAAUAUUAAUAUUGACUCUCCAGAUCCUGAUAAUCCCUCCGCGCAACAAUAUGAUGAGAAAAAUAUUCGAAGAAGAGUUUAUGAUGCGCUGAAUGUCCUAAUGGCUAUGGAAAUUAUAUCCAAAGAUAAAAAAGAAAUACAAUGGAGAGGCUUGCCCAAGACAAGUAUGAAUGAUAUUGAAGAAUUGAAGACAGAGGUCAUUAGACUGAAAGGCCGGAUUGACAAGAAAGCUGCAUAUCUGCAGGAUUUACAAGAUCAAUAUGUAUGUCUCCAAAACUUGGUUCGACGGAAUGAGCAGCUAUAUGGGUCAGGAGAUGCACCCUCCGGUGGAGUGGCCUUGCCAUUUAUACUAGUUAAGACACGUCCUCAUGCAACUGUAGAAGUGGAGAUAUCAGAAGAUAUGCAGCUUGUGCAUUUUGACUUCAAUAGCACUCCUUUCGAGUUGCAGGAUGAUACCUUUGUACUGAAAGCAAUGGGAUUAUCUGGCAAAGAAGAAAAUGAUUGUACACAAGCUCCUGUUGUGAAUGGAGGUGAGUGCUCAAGUACACCGAACAAUUAUUGGCAUCAGUCACCGCAGCCUCCAGGACCAAGAGGAGUUAGGGUACCGAACUCGCCUCCUAUUCCAGGGAUACUAAAAGGGCGCGUCAAGCAUGAACACUAGGCUUUAACAUGCUUGGUGGUGUUGAAUGAGUUAUUUCUUUUAUUGUUCCCCAGCUAGUUUUGCUUGUAGAAAAUUCUCGUAAAUUAUGCCGGUAGGGGCAAUCAUUGUCUAAUUUGACUUUGCUGAUGCCUAGCUCACAUCAACUCCUAGUAUCAGUUAUCUGGUCGAGGAAAAGAAUCUUCGGUUAAGUGUAAUUGUGUAGUUUAUCUUCUUGAAAUGGUUGGCAUAUCGUAUCUAUGGGACAUAUUGCAUUAGAUUUUAUACUUUUUUUAUGACGUUUGUGUGUGGCGGAAUUCAGAUUUUAGGAAUACAGUGUUGUCAGUGCACUCCAACUGAUGGCAAUGGUACGUAUUGAAUUCAGAUUUUAUAUAUACAAUAAAAGGCAAAUGUUUGUUUACAGUUCA